UAUAUCUCACCCAUCACUCAAGCAAAAUAUUAGAGAUCGAGCUUAAUUAGAUAUGUCGACGAAAGGAGUCCAUUUCGUUGUAAUUGUGGCUCUCUUGUCACUCUCAUCUUCCCUUGUCUCUGCCUACGAUCCCAGCCCUCUUCAGGACAUCUGUGUAGCAAUCGAUGACCCCAAGUCAGCUGUGUUCGUGAAUGGGAAAUUCUGCAAGGAUUUGGAAGAUUCCAAGGCUGAAGAUUUCUUCUUUUCAGGGCUUCAAAAUCCUGGAAAUACAGACAAUCCAGCUGGGUCGAAUGUUACCACUGUGAAUGUGGAAAAAAUACCAGGCCUCAACGCUCUAGGCAUAUCUUUGGCUCGCAUUGACUUUGCACCAUAUGGCGAAAAUCCUCCCCACACUCACCCUCGUGGCACUGAGAUUCUUGUAGUCAUAGAAGGUACUCUGUUAGUUGGUUUUGUCACAUCCAACCCCGAAAACCGCCUUUUCACCAAAGUUCUAAAAAAGGGAGAUGUCUUUGUGUUUCCAAUUGGUCUCAUUCACUUCCAAUUCAACGUGGGACACACCAAUGCUAUAGCCAUUUCUGGUCUUAGCAGCCAAAAUGCAGGUGUCAUCACGAUAGCAGACACCGUUUUCGGAUCUAAUCCUCCUAUCAAUCCUGAUGUUCUCAGCAAGGCCUUCCAACUUGACAAGAAUAUUGUUGAAUAUCUUCAAAAGAAGUUCUAAUGGGAUAACAUUUAGAGAAACUUAUGAAACAAUAUUUAUGCUAGUUUGUCUCAUUCUAUCGUAAUAAUAUUAAAAUAAAAGAUUGCUUAUGUAACUCUCUCUAGGUAGAGUUGGAGAAUAAAAUAAUGUUGACGUUUG